AUGUGUCAGGUGACUGAAACCUAUCAUGAUGACUUUGAGCAGAAUGAGAUUCCAAGUGAGUCGAAGAAAUGUGUCAAAUGCAAGGACGUGAUUGCCGUGGUGGCCAUCAGGGCAGGUGACAAAUACUGCAGGGGCUGUUUUGAACUGUACUUCCAUCACAAAUUCAGAGCCACAUUGGGCAAAAACAGAGUGAUUUUCCCAGGAGAAAAGGUGUUGCUAGCUGUAUCUGGAGGCCCUUCUUCUUCAUCAAUGCUCAGACAAGUCCAAGAGGGUUUGAGUCAGAAUGCUCACAAGAAGUUGAGAUUCAUGCCAGGAAUUGUCUACAUUGAUGAGGGUGGUGCUUUGGGUCAGUCUUUGGAUGAGCGACGGCAAACGGUGGCAAAAAUGGACGAUAUUUUUAAGGCUUCAGGAUUCCCCUAUCACAUUGUGCCUUUGGAACAGGUUCUUGACCUCCCAAGUUCAGUUAUCAUGAUGGCUCCUUCCUCACAGCAACAAGCAAGUUCCUACAAAGCAUAUGUGGACAACUUCAUUCGCAAGAAUACUUGUAGUUGUUUAACACCAGAGCAGAAGCAUGAGACUUCAUUGCCUUUUGUUCAAGAGUCACAGACUGAGCAACUGCAGCAGCUCAUUAACUGUUUUAAAACACUGACAGCCAAAGAAGACAUCCUGAGUAAUUUGAGACAACACCUCUUAGUGCACACAGCGCGUUGUGAAGGCUACAGUAAAUUGAUGUUAGGAGACAACUGCACCAGACUGGCCUGUAAACUUCUUGUUAGUAUAUCAUUGGGAAGAGGAGCACAGCUUGCUCAAGAUACAAGCUUCUCAGACUCACGCUACGGUGACAUAGUAUCUGUGAGGCCCAUGAGGGAUUACUCUGCAAAAGAAAUCGCCUACUAUAACCAUAUUUUCAAUGUGCCAUCUGUUUUCACACCAAACCUACAAACUAAGAAUAAAGAAAAAUCCAGCAUUCAGCGUCUGACAGAAAGCUUUAUCAAUAAACUGCAAGUUGAUUUCCCAUCUACUGUCAGCACCAUCUACAGAACUAGUGAAAAGCUGCAAACAGCUUCUACAAGUUCAUCUUCUGCGAACACUUGUGACAGAUGUUUGCUCUGUAUGUGUUCUUUGGAUACCUCAGUUGAAAAUGCUUCAGCCUUCCAGGCAACUUUGAUCUCUAAAUGCCUCUCACAGACCAAAUCUGGAGGUGCAAACAGUGCCUCCUCUCCCAGACAAAACACAGGUCCCACUACACGUUGUUGCCAAGGCAAAGAAGAGCAUUGUGAAACAACUCUGGAAAAUAGAGGCUGCUGUUCUGUUAUCAGGGCUCCAGACACGACUGACGUGACAAGCCUACUGUGUUACAGUUGUCAGUUGACUACCAAAGACAUGUCCUCAGUGGAUCGUCUUCCUCAAUACAUCUUGUCGGAGGCUCAGAUAAGACAAAGGAGGGCUCGUAUGAAAGAGGAGAUUAGUGAUUUCCUGUUGGAUGAUUAG